AGAAACUCCACAGGCUAACAACAAUCUAUGGUGACAAGAACCAAGUUCGCCGUUGACGGGGUCAAGCUAGUAGAGCUCUCCUCUGUCUGAGCUACAAAUAACUCCGAGCGAGAGAGAGAGGGAAGAGUUCAAAGAAAUAGACGAAGAAAAGAUGGAGCUCUCCUCUCUUCUCCUGCCCUCCAUCCUCCUCUUCUCCUUCCUCUGCUCUGCCCUUAUUCUCUUCUUCAAACAAGACCCACCCCAAAAGCCCACCAAAUCCACGAUCCUCAAAGGCUACCCCAUCAUCGGAAAUCUGCCCCUUUUCAUCAAGAACUAUCAGCGAAUCGUCUACUGGGUGGCGGAGCUCACCUCCACCUCCCCCACCGGCACCGUCACCGUCGAUCCCUUCGUCUUCACCGCCAACCCCUCCAACGUCGAACACCUGACCCGCACUAACUUCCACAACUAUCCCAAGGGCGACAGCAUCUCGGCCACCUUCCACGACUUCCUCGGCCGCGGCAUCCUGAACGUCAACGGCGAAGACUGGCUCAUCCAGCGCAAGGCCGCCAGCUUCGAUUUCAACACCAAGUCCCUCCGCGCCUUCGUCCACGACAAAGUCCGCCGCCAGACCUCCGACACACUGAUCCCUUUGCUCCGCAGAGCCAGCCGAAGCGGCGAGGUUCUGGACCUCCAGGACGUGCUCGAGCGCUUCGCGUUCGGUAACAUCUGUAAGCUGGUGCUGGACAGGGACCCCAAAUGCCUCUCUAGAGGGAGCGAGGAGGGGGAGCAAUUCUACCACGCGUUCCUCGAGACCUCGGUGCUCAGCGUCCAGAGGACGCUGACGCCGUUCUCGCUGAUGUGGAAGCUCGGCAAGUGGCUCAACUUCGGACGCGAGAGGCGUCUGAGGAAAUCGAGGGAAAUCGUCCUCCAAUUCGUCGAAAAAUGCGUCAAGUCAAGGAGAGAGCAGAGUGGAGGCGGCGGGGGAAGCGACUUCCUGUCUCGGUUAGUGGCGGACCGAUCCCACUCGGACGCGUUUAUCCGGGAUAUCAUGAUAAGCUUCGUGAUCGCCGGAGGGGACACCACGCCUUCGGCGCUCACUUGGUUCUUCUGGGUCCUUUCUUCGAAUACCCAAGUGGCGGAGAAGAUAAGAGAGGAGAUCAAAUUAGUCCGAUCGCGGCACGGGGAUUACGAGAGCGAGGUGCUGACGCUAGACGGGCUGAGGGAGAUGAGAUAUCUCCACGCGGCGGUGUCGGAGUCGAUGAGGCUCCACCCGCCGGCGCCGCUGCUGUCGAGGGAGUGCCAGGAGGAGGACGAGCUACCGGACGGGACGCGGGUGGGGAAGGGGUGGACGGUGAUGUACAGCCCGUACGCGAUGGGGAGGGCGGAGGGGAUAUGGGGGAAGGACUGCGGGGAGUUCCGGCCGGAGCGGUGGAUGGAGGAUGGGGUGUUCCAGCCGGCGAGCCCGUUCCGGUAUUCGGUGUUCCAUGCGGGGCCGAGGAUGUGUCUGGGGAAGGAUAUGGCGUACAUUCAGAUAAAGGCGGUGGCGGCGAGUAUUUUGGAGGCGUUUGAUGUGGAGGUGGUGGAGGAGAGGGGGAAGCUCCAGCUUUCGACAACGAUGAGGAUGGCGGGCGGUCUGCCUGUGAGGGUCAGGGAAAGGAAAUAGCGAGGGACCGAAAGGUGUUCGAUCUUUUGUCGGCAGACGCCCUGCUGUCUGCCACAACUUGCUGAAUAGACUCCGGUAAUGGGAAUAUCUAUUCUACUAUUAAAUUAUAGUUCCGAGUGCUGCUGUAUGUGAAGCUCCAGUUUGUUCCACCCUAUACUUCUAAUAUUCUAUGAUACCUUCGGUAUCAUGUUAUUCUCUGUGCUAGACCAUAAGCACUUGCAAAGCUAGUGGUUUGUUCUAAUUAUUGAUAUGCAUGCUUCUUGUCAUAGUUUAAUUGGAAACAUGUCAUUAAUUAUGAACUGUAGACAUAUAUAGUCUUCUACCUCUUGGUUAGAAGGUAUAUAACCUUGGGUUUGCCGUACAUUUUCAAAUGCAGAUAUAAAAAGAUUAAUGUACUA